UGAGGGUUCAGAGAAAGGCUCCUUUCCGAGCUCCGCGGGUAGCACAGCACCCCCAACCCGCACUUCCGCGGCUGCAUACGUAAUCGCUGUAUUUUAACUUUUUUUUAGUCGUUCCAAGAGGAUCCUCGGGAAGAUAGAUACGUGCAUUCUCCCUGAAUAUCGCCAGAGAGGAAUAAAGCACAGUUUUAGCGGUUAGUUAGUCAGUGUGUGGGACUGUGUCUGUGUGUGUGUGUACUUGUGCCUGUGUGGUCGGCGAUCGCGUCGAGAUGGUGGUGCGCGCGCUCUUCCGCGCUGUCAUCAUGGGACCGCCGGGCUCCGGCAAGGGAACCGUGUCCGAUCGCAUCACCAAAACUUUCGGACUCGCCCACCUGUCGAGCGGAGACGUGCUGAGGGUGAACAUAAAAGCCAAAACAGAGCUUGGGCUCCUGAUGAAGUCAUGCAUAGACCACGGCCAGCUGGUUCCUGAUGACGUCAUCUCCCGGCUCAUCUUGGGGGAACUGCGCAACAUGGAACAGAGAGGCUGGCUGCUUGAUGGUUUCCCACGGACUGUGCCCCAAGCGGAGGCCCUCGAUGCCGCUUUCAGCAUCGACACCGUCGUAAAUCUGGAUGUGCCUUUCCAAACCAUUCAGGAGCGCCUGACAUCCCGCUGGGUCCACCUGCCCAGCGGUAGAGUGUACAACACCAGCUUCAACCCACCCAAAGUUCCAGGUCUUGAUGAUGUCACAGGAGAGCCCUUGGUCCAGAGGAAUGAUGAUACACCAGAAACUGUAGCCAGGAGGCUGAAGGCAUAUGAGAACCAGACACAGCCUGUCUUAGAGUACUAUAGAAGCAAAGGACUGCUGGAAACCUUCACUGGAACCGAAACCAACAAGAUCUGGCCCAACGUUCACGCUUUCCUGUCUAGGAAACUGAGUUCUGGAAUUCAGGAGGCUGCUGAAAAUGUGUAGCAAUCAAGAACUCCUCAGAGGUUAACAAAUAUGAACCAUAUGACCACUAGCGGAGGCUUAUAGGAAAGUCUUAAAAUAAGCGGAGUAGAUAAGUGAGGUCCUAGUUUGUCUGGCCCAGGCGACAGAAUAAAUUUAAAUGUGAACAGUACCUUACAUGUAUUUGGAGACCUUGUUGAGGAAAUGUGGAAUGGUAGAAGGUUCGGGGGAGAUCAGAGGUUUUAUGGGUAAAGGGGAAGACUGCCACUUGGAGGAGGCAUCAGCUAUUGAACCAGGAGUCAGUGCUGCGGAUGAGGAGUCGUGUUUGUUGAUUGGGAACAAAAUGAAUGUUUUAAACGAAAUAUGAAUUGCACUCUUAAAUCUUAGAGAACGACUGCCACACCUGUGUGAUUAUUCUUGCUGCUGUUUUAAGGGUUUGUUCUAACGCACAACACGAUGACUUGAUUUUAUGGGCCUGGUGGAGUGCUGAUUUUCGCCUUAAUCUCCCUCCUCUAGGAUUAAAGGGGUGUGCACAUAGUGUAACAUCACAGUACAGAGCCACAAGAGCUAAAUGGUGGGCUGUACAGUAAUAUAUAAGUAAUUACAAAAAAGAUCUAGAUACUAAAGAAUUAUAUGCACUUUAAUUAUUUAGCAAUAACAUUUUUUAUAAUAUGGCUCUUAAUUUCUGUAUCUGAUGUAUAAGACGUCCUUAGAUGCCACUCAUUUGCGUUAAAAUAAUACUCUGAUCAUUCCGUAGUGAAUGCAGUUGUGCUUGAGAAAUCAGUGUUUGCACUGGUUGUUUGACCACAUUUAAAAAGUUUUUUCUUUUAAUUCAUUGGCAUCUGAAGGAAUAACAUGAUGUUGAAUGUUUAAAUAUUCAACCGCUGUUUUUGAUCAUUGCAAUUUGUUUCAGCUUAUUUGACAGGAAUGCUGAGUAAUUUUUAAUUGUAUGCUAUAGAUCUGGAUGUUAUGAACAUUAGCAGCUCCUCUGUUUUGUUUUACUACAUCUUGUCUAAGAUUUGUCUGUU